UUGUCCUUGUUCACCAAUGAAAAUUCCAGCUAUGGCUUUGUUCAAGCAGCAGAAGGUGGAGGACGUGUAUGAAAUUGGGGAAGAGCUAGGAAGUGGCCAGUUCGCUAUCGUGAAGAAGUGCCGAGACAAGAGCACAGGUGUGGAAUAUGCUGCCAAGUUCAUUAAGAAGCGCCAGAGCCGGGCCAGCCGCCGCGGGGUGAGGCGGGAGGAGAUCGAGCGUGAGGUGGCCAUUCUGCAGCAGGUCCUGCAUGCCAACAUCAUCAAGCUGCAUGACAUCUAUGAGAACAAGACAGACGUGGUCCUCAUCCUUGAGCUGGUUUCUGGAGGGGAACUUUUUGACUUCUUGGCACAGAAGGAGUCUUUGAGUGAAGAGGAAGCAACCAGAUUCAUCAAGCAGAUUUUGGAUGGUGUGAAUUACCUUCACUCUAAGAAAAUUGCUCACUUUGAUUUAAAGCCUGAAAAUAUUAUGCUUCUAGACAAGAAUAUUCCUAUUCCACACAUCAAACUCAUUGACUUUGGCCUGGCUCACAAAAUAGAAGAUGGAGUUGAAUUUAAAAACAUUUUUGGAACUCCAGAAUUUGUAGCUCCAGAAAUAGUAAACUAUGAACCACUUGGACUAGCUGCAGAUAUGUGGAGCAUUGGAGUCAUCACCUACAUACUGCUCAGCGGAGCCUCACCUUUCCUUGGAGAAACAAAACAAGAAACACUUGCCAACAUCACAGCUGUGAAUUAUGAAUUUGAUGAAGAAUUUUUCAGCAAUACCAGUGAUCUGGCAAAAGAUUUUAUUCGGAAACUCCUGGUGAAAGAUACCAGGAAGCGGCUGACAAUCCAGGAAGCUCUGUCUCAUCCCUGGAUAACGCUGAAAGAAGAAACCAAAGUCCAAGAAAACAAGAAGACUGAGAACACACAGCUGAAGACAAAACGCCUGAGGGAGUACACCAUCAAGUGCCAUUCCAGCAUGCCUCCCAAUAAUACCUACAUCAACUUUGAGCGCUUUGCCCGGGUAGUGGAAGACCUUUCACUUACAGAGCAGAGUUUCAGCACCUUGGCUGCAUCCCACGACUCCUUGCAGGAGGACAUUGAUGCUCUGGUUUCCAUUUACAAUGAGAAAGAAGCCUGGUAUAAAGAAGAGAGCGAAAGUGUGAGGCACAAGCUGUCUCAGCUGAGGUACGAAUACCGUAAGACUGAGUCCCUGAAGAGACAUCUGAGGGAUGACAUCAAGACCGUAGGUGCCAGUCUUACCGGCAUAACUGGGAAAUAUGCUGAUCUGCAGAUUCAGUAUGACUCUCUCAGUCAAGAACUUUCUGAGGAACUCAAGUGGAUACAGGAUUUAAUGAGUGGUUUUAAACUGGAAAGUGAAGCCUGUGUGAACGGGAACUUUGACUCUGUUUUCAACAAAGACAUUAACGAGUCACUAGUGGAGCUGUUAAAUAGAUCGCGCUGUGAAGAAUUCCUUGCAGGGCUGAAUCUUGAUGUAGCAAAAUCAAAUCAGUAG